AUGGGUUCCCAGAACACCAACAAUGAUGUGUUCAAGCUUGAGAACCUCUUCUCAGUAAAAGGCAAGGUUGCCUUGAUUACUGGAGGAGGUUCAGGUAUUGGUCUGAUGGCUACACAGGCUUUAGCAGUCAAUGGAGCAAAGGUGUACAUCGUCGGCCGAACUCAAGAAAAACUUGACAACGUCAUUCAGACACACGGCCAGAACAUCGCAGGCGAGAUCAUCCCAAUUACAGCAGAUGUGUCCGACAAAGCCUCUAUCAAGAAACUGGUUCAAGAAAUCAGCGGGAAAGAGAGCCACCUUGAUAUUCUGAUCAACAACGCCGGUAUCAGCAUCAACACCCAGGAAACUGAGGCUAAGACUGCUGAGGAACUGAGUAAGAACCUUUUCGACGACGAGAAUGAAACCUUCGAUAUGUGGGACAGCACUUUCAGGACGAACGUGGCACAGAUCUUCUUCAUGACCACAGCUUUCCUACCACUUCUACAGAAGUCUUCAGAGCACAAAAAAGGCUAUUCUGCCACGGUCAUCAACAUUACUUCUAUCUCCGGUAUUGUCAAGACAGCGCAGCACCACUUUGCCUACAACGCCUCAAAGGGUGCCGCUAUUCAUCUAACGAGCUUGCUAUCAAGUGAGAUCGCCAACAACGGUCUCAAGAUACGCAUCAAUGGCAUCGCUCCUGGUGUCUUCCCAAGUGAGAUGACUGCUUCAGAAAGUGGUAGUGACCAGAAGAGUGAAUUACCAAAGGAGAAAUUUGAAGACAAGGUUCCAGCUAGACGACCAGGCAAGGAUGAGGAUAUGGCGAAUGCUAUUCUUUUCGCGGCCACAAACCAAUAUCUGCAAGGACAGAACGUCGCCGUCGAUGGUGGUUAUAUCGUUAGUGCGGGCGCUGGUUCCGCUUAA